AUGAGGAAAAGUUUUCAAAACUUUUUAAAUCCCAAGGAUUUUUACGCCGCACAGUGUCCUGUACUAAGGGUGUCAUUCUUGACCGGCAUAACCCCUUUCACUGUGGUGAAAAGUUCUACAGAUCUAAUGAUGCUCCGGUGUACUCCGUUCGGCUACAUCAACUCAACUGUGCACGUGAUUCUGUUCUGUAGUUGCUAUGUCCAUACACUGUUGAAGGGAGAAACUAUCACGAGAUUUUUCUUCCGAACCGACAUCAGCACCUUGGGAGACGUUUUACAGUUCAGCAUUGGAAUAACGGCGUUUAUCAUGACAUUCUUCUGCAGCAUCUUUCAGCGUAACAAAUUAAUCAAGUCGUUCCAUGCUCUUGCCAGUAUCGAUCAAAGAUUCCGAGAAAUAGGCAUGGAGACUAAUUACAAGAGUACUUUGCAUUACAACCUUCUAGUGAUGUGCAGCAAAACCAUUAUCACAUUCUGCUAUCUACUCGUGUGCCUCACCGUGUUUAUCUCUUCUUGUACCUAUCCCAGCGUUACAACAUGGAUGGCAUUUCUUUUGCCGUACUUCAUGAUGUCAAUGGUGAUCGUGGUAUUUCUGUGUUUCGUCAAUCAAGCCAAACAUCGAUUUCACCUAUUGAACAAAGUCCUAAAACAUUUGCGACGGGCGACACUAGAGAAACGAUUGCCACUACAACGCCGUCCCAGCUAUUGGCAGACUAUCAAGAUCCAACGUCCACUCGGCAUUACAUCCGUUUACUCCCACAAAGAUAAGUCAAUGCGCGACGUUGUUUCAACGGUAGCUGUAAUACAAGAUGCUUUGGCCGAUGCUUGCAGUUACGCCGAAGAGUACUUUACAAUUCAAAUGCUUACAAUCGUCACAAUCGUGUUUUUAAUCAUCGUCUUCAACACAUACUACGUGCUGGAUGCAUUGAUUGGAACUACCUCGCAAGACACGCCGUUCUCCAAGAAACAGUUUGUUCUAUUUUUCCUUUGCCAGACAAUUGUGUACGGAUUUGGAGUGUUUAGUAUCGUGUACGGAAGCAGCUCUAUGUUGCGGGAGAAUGAUAAUAUUAGUGUGAAUGUACACAAACUGCUAAACAUAAUAAGCUUCGGCCAGGACUGCCAUGAACUUGGGACAAAACUUACGAACCUUUCACUUCAAAACCUUUCACUGCAAAUGCUCCAUCGUAAGGUUAAUUUUUCUGCUUGUGGAUUGUUCAGUUUGGAUUUUACGCUUAUAUUCACGCUUGUAGGAGCAGCAACAACCUACUUAGUGAUUUUAGUUCAGUACCAGUUGAGCAUGGAUAACAGCAAACACGAAACAAUUUUUCGGGGAUUCUUUGGCAACGAAACAUGGAUAUAG